GAAAACGAAAGUAACCAAAUAAACCUGUUGCUCUCUGGAUUUGAUCCAUGCGAUGUUCCAGAAAACAUUUACAAUGAUAACCAAAUCUAACACUCGCGGUCAUUUAUGUAUAUUUAAUCCACAAUUCAUCGAUCAGCAAGAGAUUUUGAGAACGACUCGCGCUGACAGACAACAAGAGAAGGAGGAAAAAGAGGACGUUUAUAUAAAAUACUUAUAAAUUCUCUUCGUAGUGGACAAGACUUCAAGAAAGUCCUGCUGAACGAUUGAUUGUUUUCUCAAACCAGUGCUGAUCAGAGGAGCGAGGAAAGGACUCUCUCUCUAAGAUGAGUCUCUCAGAGAAACACAGAGUAAGAUCAGGAUCACAUGUGUCCAGCUCUGUGUCUCUGAAGAGUGACCGGUCAAAAGGUAUAGGACCAAACUUCAGUGAGAAAACACCAUCAUCUAACAAAAGUGUAAGAUCAGGCACACAUGUGUCCAGCUCUGUGUCUCUGAAGAGUGACCAGUCAAAAGAUGAUGGACCAUUCUUCAGUGGGGAAAAACCAUCAUCUAAUAAAAGUGUAAGAUCAGGAUCACAUGUGUCCAGUUCUGUGUCUCUGAAGAGUGACCGGUCAAAAGAUGAUGGACCAUUCUUCAGUGGGGAAAAACCAUCAUCUAAUAAAAGGCUUCAAUAUGAGACAUUAGACUCAGACGUUCAGACUCACAGGAACCACAAGAAUUUCAAAGACAAUCUCCUGUGGAUCUUCCAGGAUCUUGAGAGCAAAAUAAUCACAUUUAUGAAGAAAGAGCUGGAAAAGUUUAAUAAAAUAUUACAAAAUGAGAACAGAGAAAACUUAGUGAAGGACUUUAAUGAGAGUAGAUGCAGUAUCAAAGCAGCAGCUCUUGAUCUCACACUACAUUACCUGAGAGAGAUGAAGCAAGAUGAAGCUGCUGAUGAUCUAGAAGUUGAGCUGAUCUUCAUUCAUCAGCUAAAAUGUGACCUAAAGAAGAAGUAUCAAUGUGUGUUUGAAGGAAUGGCGAAGCAUGGUGACUCCACACUUCUGAAUAACAUCUACACAGAUCUCUAUAUCACUCAGGGUGGCAGUGAACAGGUCAAUACUGAACAUGAGGUCAGACAGAUUGAAGUUGCUUCCAGGCGUCAUGAGUCUCAAGAGAUUCAGGUUAAAUGCACAAAUUUGUUUGAAGCUCCUGAACAAGACGAGGAGAUCCGAACUGUACUGACAAAAGGAGUCGCUGGCAUUGGAAAAUCAGUCUCUGUGCAAAAGUUUGUUCUGGACUGGGCUGAAGGAAAAGAAAAUCAAGAUAUUAGUUUCAUAUUUCCUCUUCCAUUCAGAGAGAUGAACUUAAAGGAGAAAGAAAAACUAAGUUUGAUGGACCUUCUAACUCAUUUUUUCCCAGAGACAAAAGGACUGAACCUUACAAGAAGGAAUCGAUUCAAAAUCCUGUUCAUCUUUGAUGGAUUGGAUGAAUGUCGCCUUCCUCUGAAGUUUGAUUAUAAUGAGACGUGGUGUGAUGUAUCAUCACCAGCCUCUCUGGAUGUUCUCCUAACGAACCUCAUGAAGGGAAAUCUGCUUCCUUCUGCUCUUAUCUGGUUCACAACCAGACCAGCAGCUGCCAGUAAGAUUCCUCCUGACUGUAUCGACCGGCUGACAGAGAUACGAGGAUUCAGUGACGCACAAAAGGAAGAGUACUUCAAAAAAAGAUUCACGGAUCAGAAUCAGGCCAACACAAUCAUUGAUCAUGUUAAAAAAUCAAAGAGUCUCUUUAUCAUGUGCCACAUCCCAGUCUUCUGCUGGAUUUCAGCCACUGUUCUCCAGAACAUUCUGGAGGAGAAAAGAAAUAAUGAUGUGAAAAACAAUCAGGCUGAUGAGAUCUCUAAAACACUACAGGAAUCAAACACUGAAGACACUCCCAAGACUCUGACACAAAUGUACACACACUUUCUCCGCUUUCAGAUCCAGCAGAGCCGCCGAAAAUAUGAUGGAGAAUACAAAGCAGAUGUUUCCUGGGAUAAAGACACCAUCCUUUCACUGGGGAAAUUGGCAUUUCAUCAGCUGGAAAGAAACAACGUGAUCUUCUAUGACACAGACCUGGAAGCCUGUGGUAUUGAUGUCUAUAAGGCAUCAGUGUACUCAGGCAUGUGUACCCAGAUCUUUAAGGAGGAAACAGGGAUCAUUCUUGGUACCAUGUACUGCUUUGUUCACUUGAGCAUUCAAGAGUUUAUUGCAGCCCUUUAUGCACAUCUGUUUCUAGACAUCAACAAGAAAAGUGUGUUUGUUCAUGAGUCUACAGAACAGGAAAACAAAAAUAAAUCCAUGAUUGAUUUUCUGAAGACUGCAGUGGACAAGGCGCUCAAGAGUGACAAUGGACACCUGGACCUUUUCCUUCGCUUCCUCCUUGGUCUGUCACUCCAGUCCAAUCAACGACUUUUACGGGGUCUGUUGACACAGAAAGACGGCAAUGACCAGAGUAACAAGGAAAUAGUUCAGUACAUCAAGCAGAAAUUAGAAGGUAAUCUGUCUGCAGAGAGAUCCAUCAAUCUGUUCUACUGUCUGAAUGAACUGAAUGACCAAACUCUGGUGAAGGAGAUUCAGACCCACCUUAGCAAAGGAAGUCUCUCAUCUGGUGACCUUUCACCUGCCCAGUGGUCUGCUUUGGUCUUUGUGUUGUUGACAUCAGAGGAAGAGCUGGAGGAGUUUGAGCUUCAGAAAUUCAAGAAAUCAGACGAGUGUCUCAUUAGAUUAUCGGCAGUCAUCAAAACCUCCAGAAGAGCUCUGUUAAAUGACUGUAACUUAACAGACAAAAGCUGUUCAGCUCUGGCUGCAGUUCUUGGAUCAGAUACCAAUCUGAAAGAGCUGAACAUGAACAAUAAUAAUCUGCAUGAUUCAGGAGUGAAGCUUCUCUGCACUGGACUGAAGAAUUUAAACUGUAAAUUGGAGAUACUGAGACUCUCUAACUGCAGUGUAACAGAAGAAGGUUAUAAAGCUCUGGCUUCAGCUCUGAGAUCAAACCCUUCACACCUGAUAGAGCUGGAUCUCACAGGAAAUGAUCCUGGACAAUCAGGAGUGAAGGAGCUCAGUGAUUUACUACAGGAUCCAAACUGUCAACUGAAGACACUGAGGUUUUUGAGUGCUGCUGCAGAUGAAGCCUGUCAGUAUGUAAAGAGAGUUGUGGGUAAAAACCGGUUACUCCUGAGAGAGCUGAAUCUGAGUUAUCAUGCACUAGGAGACACACAAGUGAAUCCGAUCACUGCUCUACUGCAGGAUAAAAACUGCCAUUUAUUUAAAAUAUUACAUUACUUUCAAUGGUAAUGUUGCUGUAGUUGAUGAUAAUUUUUCCUCAGUUAUUUGUUCAGUUAUGUUUCUCAGGGUCACACAGAGCCACAACAAUGUAAAGAAAUACAAUUAAACAGGAAAUUGAAAACACACAAUUAAAUCAUGGCAUCAAGCUUUAAAUAUUUGACUAAGUAAGACAGUUUUAGCAUGGGUCAAUAAUUAUUUCAGUAACUGUAGAGGGAGAACAAUGGUUUUCUUCCAGAGCUUAGAAAACUCUUCAAAUAAUUAAAAAAACAAAAAUAAAAUGUGAAUUAGGUGCAUUUUCAUCAAGUUGGUCAAGCGGAUGGCGGUGGUAUUGUCAAGUCAAGUCACCUUUAUUUAUAUAGCGCUUUUUACAAUGUAGAUUGUGUCAAAGCAGCUUUACAUUGAUAACUGGUACAUUGUUUGGCUGCACAGCAGCUCUUAAAGAAUAGUGUCAAUGCAGGCAGAUCAAAGCACUGUUGAAUAUCAAAUGUCAAGUCAAAUGUCAAGUGUCCCCAACUAAGCAAGCCAGAGGCGACAGCGGCAAGGAACCCAAACUCCAUCAGGUGACAUUAGGUGGCAGACAAGUGGCAAAUUGGUGUUAAAAUGGAGAAAAAAAACCUUGGGAGAAACCAGGCUUAGUCGGGGUGCCAGUUCUCCUCUGGCCAACAGUGCUUUGUUACAAUUCAGGUUGCUAUCAUAAGUCCAAUAGGAUCGCAACAUUAAAAGUAUUUAUUUCAGUUCCAUCCAAUUGAGGAUCGUAUUGAGGAUCACGCCGGUAUGGACGGUUGUUGAGGAACUGUGUCGUGGCUGUCGUGUCGAUGAGGCCCUCACAGUGGAUGAUCUAGUUGACUCAAUCUCUGCUGAUACGUCAGGGCUGCGUUGUGGUCGUGUCAAGGUGCAGGUCCUUGGUCUCACCUGGAUACGGCCCGGAUCCGGUUGACUACGGUGAACCUCGGGAUAAACAGAAAGACUAAUAUUAGCGUAGAUGCCAUUCUUCUUCUGAUGUAACGAGUACAUCAGGUGUUAUAGGAAGUGUUCCCAGUUCCGGCUGUCCUAAUUUAUGCAGCCUAAUAAUCCUUUAACGGAUUUGAAAAUAUAAAUUGGUAAUGUGUGUAUGUGUAUGCCAAGUUAAAGAGAUGCGUUUUUAGUCUAGAUUUAAACUGACAGAGUGUGUCUGCUUCCCGAACAAUGCUAGGAAGAUUGUUCCAGAGUUUAGGUGCCAAAUAGGAGAAGGAUCUACCAUCUGCAGUUGAUUUUGAUAUUCUAGGUAUUAUCAGCUGGCCUGAAUUCUGAGAUCGCAAUAGACGUGAAGGACUAUAAUGAAUUAGGAGCUCGCUCAGGUACUGGGGAGCUAAACCAUUUAGUGCUUUGUAAGUAAUUAGCAAGAUUUUAAAAUCUAUACGAUGUUUAACAGGAAGCCAAUGCAGUGUUGACAGAACUGGGCUAAUAUGGUCAUACUUCCUGGUUCUAGUAAGAACUCUAGCUGCUGCAUUUUGUACGAGCUGUAGUUUAUUUAUCAGGCGAGCAGAACAACCACCCAGUAGAGCAUUACAGUAAUCUAGCCUUGAGGUCAUGAACACAUGAACUAACUGUUCUGCAUUUUUCAUUGAGAGCAUAUGUCGUAGUUUAGAUAUAUUUUUAAGAUGGAAGAAUGCGGUUUUACAGAUGCUAGUAACAUGGCCUUCAAAUGAAAGAUUGGUAUCAAAGAGCACACCCAGGUUCCUAACUGACGACGAAGACUUAACAGAGCAGCCAUCAAGUGUUAGACAAUAUUCUAGGUUAUUACGUGAAGAAGUUUUUGGUCCAAAAAUUAGAAUCUCUGUUUUUUCUGAAUUUAGUAGUAGGAAAUUACUGGUCAUCCAAUUUUUUUAUAUCAGCUAUGCAUUCCGUUAAUUUUGUGAAUUGGUAAGUUUCGUCAGGGCGCGAAGAAAUAUAGAGCUGAGUAUCAUCAGCGUAACAGUGAAAACUAACGCCAUGCUUCCUAAUGAUAUCUCCCAAGGGUAGCAUGUACAGAGUGAACAGCAACGGUCCUAGUACUGAGCCUUGUGGUACUCCAUAUUGAACUUGUGAUCGAUAUGACAUGUCUUCGUUUACUACUACAAACUGAUAACGGUCAGAUAAGUAUGAUUUGAACCAUGACAAUGCAAUUCCACUAAUGCCAACAUAAUUUUCGAGUCUAUUUAAAAGAAUAUUGUGAUCAAUAGUGUCAAAUGCUGCACUAAGAUCCAGUAACACUAAUAGAGAGAUACAACCACGAUCUGAUGAUAAAAGCAAAUCAUCUGUAACUCUAAUGAGAGCAGUCUCAGUACUAUGGUACGGUCUAAAUCCUGACUGGAAAUCCUCACAGAUACCAUUUCUUUCUAAAAAGGAACAUAGUUGUGAUGAUACUGCCUUUUCUAGUAUUUUUGACAGAAAAGUGAGAUUUGAGAUCGGC